GUAACCGCCGCGAUUCUGCAGAUGAAACCUUGCCGCUUUCAUUUCGACAACACAAAAUGGCAUCUGGCGAGUACUCGACCUACGGCGGCGGCGCGCUAAGGCUCAAGGGUACGAAGGUGAAGAAGCACGGCAAGAAGAAGAAGGAUAAGGAGUCUAGCCUCGAGAAGGCGCUCUCGACCGGCGAGUCGCCGUCCCGACCGGAUGACGACAGACUCGAAGAGGCACGACAGGACAAGGCGGACGGAGACAGCAAGGAAACCAGGAGCCGGGGCAGGGGCUACGGCGGAGAGAAGAGCGAGGGUGAGGGCGGCGAUGCGCCGGUGACUUACAAGACUGAAUCCGAACGGCGCUUCGCCGAGGCCAGGAGGAAGAAGCUCUUGGAAAUGCCUGAGUCGGCAUCAGGGCGGCCUGAACUACUGAAAACCCACAAGCAGCGUGUCGAGGAGCUGAACACCUAUCUGUCCAAGUUGAGCGAGCAUCACGACAUGCCCAAGAUCGGCCCUGGCUAGAACCAACUUACUGAACGUGUGGAUCACACACACACAAUGAUCUACAUACAGGAGUUUGGCGUCUUUGUGAAUAUACCCUCAUAGGAUGUUUUUCGAGCCAAUGUUCCGUGGAAACGGCGGGGGAGAGCAUGGGUAAUGAAGCAAGAUCCUUGCAAGGAUAAAGCUUUGUGAGAAAAACAUUGCCCGAAAUUGGAAAUUCGUCUCUUGAGACAAAACAAAAACCAAAACCAAAACAAUUUGGGAAUGCCUAUUUGCGUGAAUAUAUUCUAUUUGUGUGCUGAAUUCAUCACAGCUGUCAUGGAGCCCCCUG